GUACUGUCUCACUUUUCAACUGUCUGACGCAUUUUCGCGUGUGAUUCCGCCACUGACUAUGCAAGUGCUAUUUGUUAGCGGUUUGUUAGGCUACUGUCUUUUCAUGAUAAGCCUCCAUUUCUCAUGCAGUCUUGAAUGCCAACCACAACCAAUGUACGAAAGUCGAAUGUUACACUGUUCUUGUGAUGGUCCAAGUAUUGCUUGGAAUUUAAACUCUUCUCAUAUUAUCAGGAAACUAGGAAAAGCUUUGCCUUUACAAAAUAAACUUCAAAUAUAUGACUUCAGACUGGAGGAUAGUGGUGUAUAUGAAUGUUUUGAUUCCAGUAAUAUGUCUAAAGAAUGCAGUUCAAUAUGUCUGGAAGUGGAUGCUCCUGGACCGUAUUACAAGGCGAUUCACGACGAUUCUAUUCCUGAUGCGGAUGCUGACGAGCAAGAGCGACCCUACUGGCAUCAGAAAAUGAAAACUUUUCCAGAGUUUUAUGAACUUAAUGAGGAACCUAUAAGACUUGCUUGUUAUUUUUACAUCAGAAACAAAUCUAUCACUCCCCUGGUUCAAUGGAUCAUUCCAUCCGACCACGACAAGAUUAUUAUAGCACAUCUAAGAAAGCUUACUGAGUUGAAUUGCACCUCACUCUCAGAAACUCAGCGCAACCUAACUGGGAGAUGCUAUAUGACAGAAAUUACAAUCGAGUCGAUCAGUGGGACUGACUCCUUUGAAUGCAAUAUCCGAACACCAAAUCAAUCAGACGUGACUAUUAGUAACUCAUUUACAGUUCUUCAGAAAGUUACUUCUUUACUUAUCCCUAAUUUAAAUCAUACAGAUUUAUCAGAGUUGGAAGCACCGAAUUUUGAGUUAUUUGAUGAGUUGCGUAUACCAAGUGAAGUCAAUUCUAGCUUCGUAAACAGUGAUAUUGUUCACUCUGAUUUGUUCACUACGUCUACUGGGAAAUAUUCAACAAAGAAAAAUAGUUCUUUAGACAUAUCAACGCUUAGUUUAACAACGUACAUUGGAUUUCGAUUCUAUUUAUCAAAUAAAUCAACUUGUUUAUCCGAAGAGGUAAAUCUUAUAUGUCAGCUCCCACGAACAUUGAGUCCCUUAGAAGUAUGGCAUUUGGGUCAACCUAACCAACAACCGAGGCUUUUGAAAGCAUCAAAAGCGUUAGAUUCUUUAAAGAUUAUUGAGAAACGUUAUCCAAGACUUGACAACAGUAUUACAUUGAAACUAGAAAAUUUGUCCUUUAGAGAUGAUGGAUUGUAUAUAUGCAAAAAUGAUUACUUUUAUAAAAAUAUCACAAUUACAGUCACGGAUUGUUCAAAAUCAAAUUUUAUUUGUAGAUUUGUCCUAUCUAUUCUGGUUUGGAUGAUUAUAUUUAUAACAAUAGCAACUAUUCAACUAAUAUUAAUAUAUUGUAUAUGGGAUAGGCGAAAGUCAUCGCGACCUGUAUUCUGUAUACCUAUUGAUUUUCUGCAAAAACAUGCUAAGUCAAGAUGUGUCAUUUUUUUCCGCAAGAUGAAUUUGAUGUAUGGAGUCACAACAUCAUCAUCACAAUGUAGUGCUUAUUCUCGGUCCGAUACUUCUAAAAUCAGUAUAAAACAUACAGAAAUAAAACUUCACAAUUCAAAAAUACUUACAUCAUUAUCACAAAGACUAUUACAUCAACAACUAAAAUAUUUUUCACGAGGACAUCAAUCUGUUCUUUGCAAAACGAAGCUGUUAGAUUGGCUAAAUCGGUAUUUGAAUGCGAAUCCAAAAACUUGUGUGCUGAGAUCAUCUUUUACUAUAGAAAGUCUCCUUGAUGAAGGUGAUUUUGGGAUUGUCUACAAAGGGAAACUAUGUGUUCUUGCUGACACAGAAAACACUGCUAAUAACACAGAGAUUGCUGUCAAAACAUUACAAGAUGGAUUUCGAAAUCGACAACUAAUUAAUUUAAUUCAAGAGGCUAAAGUUUUAAGUGAGCUAGAACCACAUCCACAUAUUGUUACAUUUUAUGGACUGUGCGUAGAUCGUGAUCUCCCAUACAUUCUUCUGGAGUUAGCUAUCUAUGGUAACCUACGAGAUUUCUUACUAAAUCGUCGACCACCUGGAAUUAAUUUUUGGGCGGAUGAACGAAUAGUUAGUUCCUCAUAUGUGAUUAUAACAAAUUCAAACGAUUUGAAAGAAAUGUUAUCUGAUAGUGUGAUCAAACGACAAAGAGUGGAAUUAUUAAAAUUUGCUUUGGAUAUUGCUGAUGCCUUAUUAUAUUUUGAAACGUUAUCAUUGUUUCAUCGAGAUGUUGCAGCUAGAAAUGUUGUAAUUACAGAAGGAUUUAUUGCAAAAUUAUGCGAUUUCGGUUAUGCAUGUACACAAGAAGAAUUAAAUAAUGGAUAUAUGGAAAUGGAUAAAGACUAUUUAGCUGUAAGGUGGAUGGCACCAGAGUGUUUGACCACGCCAAAAUGUUAUACUUCCAAAUGUGAUGUGUGGUCUUACGGAAUAGUUCUAUGGGAAAUAUUCAGUCUGGGUGGUUUACCGUACCCUGGAAUAGAUAAUGGACAAAUAAUUGACUGGUUAAAUAAUGGGAAUCGCAAUAGUAAACCGUACUUAUCCACAAAUUCAAUUUAUCAACUGAUGUUAGAAUGUUGGUCGCAAGAUCCUGACUGUCGACCAGGAUUUUAUGACAUAUGUAGUCGAAUUGCCAUGAUGAAAUCCAAUUACGGUUACCUUGAAGAAGCAGAUGAAUCAACAAAGGGAUACGUGGAAUUAAUGUUGGAUCAAGACAAUUACUUGGAACUACGACAGUAUUUACGUUGAAUACAAAUGAAUCAGAAUUUGCAGUCGACUUGUGCAUUGAGAAUUCAACGACAUUAUGCCGUUUCUAUUUUUUUAUUGCUAUUAUUAUUUAAUAUUAAUAUUGCUAUUAUUGUCAGUAAUAAUAUUAGACCCAUUAAUACAACUGCAACCAACCUAUUGUCACUUUUUAUAGACACAUAAAUUCAGUCAAUCCGAAUAUUUUUCUAUUCAUAUUUUGUAUCAAAGUAAGAACAAAUUUCCUCUUAAAAAACGAUUAUCGAUGUUGCUAUUAUUCAUAUUAUUGUAAACUGAAGAUUUUUAUGCAUAAACUUCUGUUGAUGUACUUUUUAUUUUACUGACAAUAACUCUUAAGAGUGCAUUGGUCACCUUUUUAAAGCCGCAUCAUAUUUUCAUUUUUAUGAAAUCUUUAUUUUUAAAAUUGGCAUUUAUAAUUUUAUAUUAUUGAUUAUUACUAUUAUAGCACUUCCAAAC